CGCGAUACCUGUGGGUGUUGAUGUUCAGCUUGAGAGUCUGGACACCAUCUCUGAAGUCGAUAUGGACUUCACCAUAACCCUGUACCUGAGACAUUACUGGAAGGACGAGCGACUGUCCUUUCCCAGCAACACCAACCAGAGCAUGACCUUUGAUGGCCGGCUGGUUAAGAAAAUUUGGGUACCCGACAUAUUUUUUGUCCAUUCCAAACGAUCUUUCAUUCAUGACACCACCACAGAGAAUGUCAUGCUCCGAGUGCAUCCCGAUGGCAAAGUGCUCUACAGCUUGAGGGUCACGGUCACAGCAAUGUGCAAUAUGGAUCUCAGUCACUUUCCACUGGACACCCAGACAUGCUCAUUGGAGAUUGAAAGCUAUGCCUAUACUGAUGAUGACCUCAUGCUGUACUGGAAGAGAGGAAACAAAUCUCUGCAGACGGAUGAGAAGAUCUCUCUGUCUCAGUUCCUCAUUCAGGAGUUUCACACCACCACAAAACUAGCUUUCUACAGCAGCACAGGUUGGUACAAUCGUCUUUACAUCAACUUCACUCUGCGUCGUCAUAUCUUCUUCUUCCUGCUUCAGACGUACUUUCCCGCCACUCUAAUGGUAAUGCUGUCAUGGGUGUCCUUCUGGAUUGACCGACGAGCUGUUCCUGCGAGGGUUCCUCUGGGCAUUACGACGGUACUCACCAUGUCCACCAUCAUCACUGGAGUGAACGCCUCCAUGCCCAGAGUCUCCUACAUCAAAGCUGUGGAUAUUUACCUGUGGGUCAGCUUCGUCUUUGUCUUCCUGUCUGUGAUCGAGUACGCCGCUGUCAAUUACCUGUCCACUCUGCAGGAGCGCAAAGUACAAAGCAACAGGUUGCCGUGUACUUGUGGAAUGACCCAUCCUGGUCAGAUGAUGAUGAGCAGCAGUUACAGUGACAUGGACAUGAUGACCACCGGAAACUACGGCAUGUCGGAGCUGAGCGGGGACAAACAGGAGCAGUUCCUGGUUCAUCUGGUCCUAGAUAACGAGCAGGGAGCUCAAAGACCUGCUGUAACCUCAAACAGUAGCUUAUUAAUAGACACUCAUGCCAUAGACACAUACUCACGGGUCAUCUUCCCUGGAGCAUACACACUCUUCAACAUCAUAUACUGGUCCAUCUACUUGCAGUGACUGCUGCUUCUUCACUAUGACAUUUGACAAAGUCUUGGGUAUACAAAUUACCCAUGAAAAACUAAGUUUGUUCUUUUUUAUUACAUUGCAACAUGGAAUCAAUUUUGCCAGCAAUAAAAUGCAUGUGAAUGUGGGCAGUUGACAUGAUCUGUCCUCAAAA